GUAUGAAGAAAUGUACGCGGAACGUCCGAAGCGCUCGCGUUUGUUUCUGUCAGCGCUGCUUCCGAAGUAGCACCAAAUAAACCGGAUGUUGUCUGAAUGUCAAAGAUGGCGCUCCACAUGUCACGGUGAAUUCUUAUCGAAUAGCAAGAGACAAAUACUUCUCAUGUUUAAGGACAUGGCGUACGGUGCACGGCAGCACAUUCACUAGACUUUAAGCGGUUGUUUUUAUUUAUGAAGUGAACACAAUUGAGGAGAAGAUGGCUUCCAGUUUACGGCUGUUGUUCGGACAAAUUCGACGUCCAAUUGUGGCUACAAAUCAGACGGCUCGGUGUCUGAGUCAGGCAGCCACUCUGCCAGAGCCCAGCUCGGAUGAAAACGAAGCCGUGAACCCGACCUUUGUGAACAGAAACCCCCGGAACUUGGAGCAGCUGGCCCUGGCUGUGAAGGACCGGGGCUGGAAGACGAUCUGGCCCCACCGGGAGUUCUACCACAGGUUGGAGUUUUCUCGCACCCAGCAUCAUGUGACGGCCCACGUGUUCUCCAGCAGCUCUCCUGUCCCGGUGCUUUCCUGCUCAACCAAGGAGUGGGCGCUGAAGCAGGAGCUGGCUUCCACACGCUGCGUGGCGGCGUGUCAGGCUGUGGGCGAGGUGCUGGCACAUCGAUGCCAGCAGGCUGGCAUCACCAGGAUGGUGUACAGGGCCAUUCCCUGGGCGUACCGCUCUGACGCUGUACAGUCAUUCAGGGCAGCAAUGAAAGAGGGAGGAAUCACCCUUAGUGAACCCAGAAGAAAAUACAUUAGUACCUGAAUUUAUGUGUCAUCUAUCACAUCUUUUGUUAUUUUAAAAUGUUCUCUGUAUCCCUUACUCUCUGCUCUUUUGUGAAUUAAGACUGUAUUGUUAUUAAGAUGACCAGCACUACAGUAAAUGAUGAUAUAAAAACAAAAGGAGUGAUGAAAGUAAGGUUGCUUGUCCCUGUGCUUUGUCUCUGUUAGAAGAAAACAACUUCAGGUAAUAUAUGACGGUAUGUUGGCACAGUUCAGGCCAUCACAUAGAUUACGAAACGUUGUACAAACCAAUAAAGGUGGUGGAUUAAAGCAAAAGGUGUAAAGUGCUUUUUUUUAAUGUUAAUAUGUAUAAUAUGUAAUAUAUGCAAUUAUGUUACCGCUUUUAUACAAAAUCUAAAUUUUAACUACAAGUAAAAAUUUCAAAAUGUAUCUCUUACAAUGUUUAAACUAGACUCUUUAAGCUCUGCUAUAAAAUAUACUGUUACCACUUUAAAAUUAUUUUAUCCAAAUUUUUUAAGUUCCUUGUAGUUUUUAUAGUAUUCUCUAUCCAUACUCUACUCAUUUACUACAACUUAGAAGAAGUAUAAGAAAUGUAAAGUAAAAAUACUAAUUGAAUAAGACAUAAGCACCAGUCCAACUUCCUGUAUACUAUGACACUUCAUGUUGGUUUUUAAAAUCCUCUGAGGUCGAAGUCAUUUUUGCUAUUUUUGCACGUCAACACUAUAAAGCACAAU